UUCACCUUUGAUUCAAUCCAACGCAGAACAAAGCAAAGCACUUUUUUCUUUCACACACUAUACAGCGUAUACUUUGUUUUUUCAGCAAAGUAUAAAACAAAGUGUAUUUUCAACAUCAAAGUUACAUUAUAUACUUUGUUAUCUAUCAUUACAUACACUGACUACCAGUCUAUAAGUUUGUUGCCAGAGAUCUCCUUUUGAUAAAGAGUACUUCGAUGACAUAUCACUUAGUAAUUUGUCGCUGUUCUCUGUAGGUAAUACAAUCUCCAAAUCGAUGAUUGAUAGUAUUUUUGGAACAACUGAAGAAUUUCCAAAUUUAAUUGGUUAUUCAAAAAAUGGUUCAAAAACAGAAGAAAGUUUAGAAAAUAUUAUUGGUCGUUCAGUCAUUACAGAUACGACGAGAAAACGGUUGAAUGAAUUAUAUAAUGGCGAUUUGUGUGGUUUAGAUCCGGGAAAUCCAAACUUGUUAAGAUUUAGUCUACCUGUUAUUCAUGGUAGUAGUGGUUCUGCAAUUGUGUUCAAUCCUGGUGAAAUAUUUGCCACAGUACAAUCAUGGCAUGGUGUUUAUUCAAUUGGAUCCAUUGUAUCCAGAUCAACUAUCUUAAUGAAUUAUCUCAAAAAUGGAAACAAAAACAAAUAA